GGAGGCGAACGAGCGAGCGGGGAGGUGGAGCGCGGCCCAGCAAGAUGGCGCCGUCCGCAUCGCUGCGUCCUCUCUCACGGCUGCUGGCCCCCGCCAGGCUCCCCAGCGGCUCUCCAGCGCGGUCGAAGUUCUACGUGCGGGAGCCGCCGAAUGACAAACCUGACUGGCUGAAAGUUGGGCUGACCUUGGGCAGCAGCGCGUUCCUGUGGAUCUAUCUCAUCAAACAACACAAUGAAGAUGUUUUAGAGUACAAAAGAAGAAAUGGAUUGGAGUAAACUUUGGAAAUGCCAGUAAUACUGUAUGCACAUAUGGUGAUUAGCAGUUCCUCUGGAUUAUUCUGUUGAAUUGUAAAUGUAAGAGAAAAAAUUUUAUGUGAAUAUAUGUCAAGUCAGCAUUUGUGUUUUGCAACAUUAAAUAAAAAAAAAAAACUUA